GCAAUAUAGCAAGUUAGUUCGGAAAAACCCUAAACGGUGGAGUCCUCGAGUUUGAGUUGAGUUCAGGGUUUACUCUCAAAUUCAACUCAACACCAACUAAACCUAUUGACUCCUCUCUCUCUCUCUCUCUCUCUCUCUCUCUGCAAUGGCAGUUGCAACGGAAUUUCACCUUCCACAUCUCUCCGUCGUCGACUUGCCAUCACUUCUCCAAGCUAUGGCCGCCGACACUCUUCUCGCCGCUGCUCAAUCUCUCGCUCUCAUUGGAUAUCUGCUGGCUAAUUUCAACAGUUUAGUGUCUCCAAAAUUGGCAGCAAUGGAUUCAAGGUUUCCUUUGGAACACCUUUCAGGGAGGAAACCUGCAUAUUUAGAAAACAAGAGUGAUACAGAGGAUGAUGAGGAUGACGACGAUGACGAUGAUGUACCAGAUGAGGACGACGAUGGAGAAGAUGAAGACUUCUCAGGCAUUGAAGGCGAAGAAGAAGAAGGGGAUCCCGAGGAUGAUCCCGAGGCGAACGGUGCAGGAGGAAGUGAUGACGACAAUGAUGGUGAUGAUGAUGGCGACGAUGGUGAUGAAGAAGAAGAUGAAGAUGGCGAGGAUGAAGAGGAUGAAGACGAGGAAGAGGAAGAUGAUAAUACACCCCAGCAGCCACCAACUAAGAAAAGGAAGUGAGAAUUAUAUUAGUAGGAAAUUGGUUCCAUGGGUUGCAUUUCUGUUAAGCUUAGUGAGUAGAAAAGAUACAUUAGCAACCUUCGAGAGGAAACCUGUGGUUCUUUAUUUUAUGUCAAUUAUGAUGAUUGUUACUAGUAUAUUGAUAUUUCACUUUGUUUCUAUUUUAAGUUCUUCUGUCCAGUUAUUAUCA